AUGCCUCGCCGAAAGUUCAUCGAUAAGAAGACGGCGAUAAACUUUCGCCUCGUGCACCGCGCACAGAAUGACCCGCGAAUCCACGAUGAAGACGCUCCGCAGAUGGUCUUUGCCGAGACCGUUGCGCCAAAUCAACGCGAAGUAUCAGAGCCUGCAGGAAGUUCGCGAGCGUCGCAAUACUCGGCGGCGACGGGACGAAGCAAGAUCAAGUCAAGACGUGAUCUAGAGAGCGAGUACGGAUCGAAAGUGCGGAACAAUGAGGGUGAAGCCGCCAACUAUGGCAUCUUCUACGACGACACCGAGUAUGACUACAUGCAGCACAUGCGCGACCUGGGCAGUGGUGGUGGUGAUGCAUACUUUGUCGAGGCCAAGCAAGAAAAGAAGGGAAAGCAAAAGAUGGACUUGGCCGACAUGCUGCGAGACGCUUCGCUCAAUGAUAGCAAGAGCCAGGCCGAUAUGAGCGUGAGCAGCAACAUCAGCAGUGUGAGCGACUUUUUCGGCGAGGACAUGGCACCCUCAGAGUUUGUGCGGAAAACAACAUACCAGGACCAGCAAAACAUUCCAGACGCCCUUUCAGGCUUCCAGCCCGACAUGGACCCGAGGUUACGAGAAGUGCUCGAGGCUCUCGAAGAUGAGGCCUAUGUUGAUGACGAGGAGGAUAUUUUCAACGAACUAGCACAAGACGGUUAUGAAAUCGACCAAAGAGAAUGGGAUGCCAGCGCCGACUUUGAUGACGACGAGCGAGACCCAAUGGAUCGCUUCCUGGACGAAGAAGAUCCCGGUUGGGAGACCGACGACACAAUCAAAGCAUCGUCUCCCAAAGUCAAAGCCACGAAGGCGUCUGAAGACUCUACGGACCCUUCAUCCCUCCCCGCACCAGAUGCAGCGCCUGCCCCAGCUGACGCAGAAGACAUGGCGUACCUAAAGGAAUUCAAAAAGUUCAAGGAAGACGUCAAAGCCGCCAAACCCAACAAACCCACCGACGCACCCGCAGACACGCAAUCCUUCAUCACCGGCGCCUCCGCACUCACCUCAGGCGGCCGCAAGAAGAAGCGCAAAGGCGCAAUGACUUCCACAUCCGGCUACUCCAUGUCGUCCUCCGCCCUCCACCGUACAGAAGGUCUCACCCUCCUCGACCAGCGCUUCGACAAAAUCGAAGAAGAAUACGCAAACGACGACAUCUUUGACUUCCCCGACGACGCGUCCAUGGUUUCGGGAAUGAGCAAAAUGAGCGGUAUGACGGGAAUGAGCCAGUGGUCUAGUAGUCAGGCUCCGCCUUUGCUCCGCUCGGAUUUCGACUCCAUCAUGGAUGAUUUCCUGGGUAAUCACCACACGCAGGGUAAGCGAAGGGUUAAGAAGGGAAAGCAGCAGACGGGACUGGAGCAGUUGGAUGAGGUGAGGAAGGGUCUUGGGGCGCCGAUUGUUAAGCCAAAGGAUCAUUUUAGCGUGCUAAAGGCUUGA